GGGUACUCUAGUGAUCAUUUUUAUUCGGUCAAGUUUCCAAGUUCCAACUUUCAACCAGGAACCUCAACACGCUCGUCAGCUUGGCUAAUCUUUGUUUUGAAGAAACACGACAUCAUACCAUCUACGAACGAAUCUUCGUGGAGCUUAUGAGAUGUCGGGUCGUCAGGAUAUUGUUCCGGUUCAUGGCUCAGAUGGAACCAAGCAAGCUCCCAAAUCCGACCAAUUUAUCGAACUGAACACAGUCAAUCUUCAGCAAUUCGAGAAAUCAUUAAAAGACUUAGAAGCCGAUGUCUCUCACAUCAAGGCCAAGACCGCCCCGGAUUCUAUCGAUCAAUCUCAGGAAUUAUUUGCUCGCAAACUCACCCUCUUGCAUCAGUUUAACUUGUUCAUCAAUCAACAAAAUCAAUCAAACAUCCAUGAUUCCUCAUUUAUCUCUACUUUCGAUCAACAAAGGUUGUUGAAUAAGUUGAAAGAGCUGGAAAGCGAGAUAUCUAAAUUACAGCAAGCUAGAUAUUCAUCAAAUGGAGACGACAAGAGAGAGAAUCCAUUCAAGUCGAAGCCCAAGAAGUUUGGUUUUAAGAGACCAGCAGCACAAUUUCAGGCCCCAUCAACCAGCAACUCGAAUCCAUCAGAAGCCAAACCAGCCGACCAAAUGCCAUCACCACUAUCGAAUAGAACGACAAAUCCGUUUGAUCUGAACCCUCAUUCAAAAAACCUCUUCAUUCGCCCAUUCUCGCCGCUCCAACCCCUCCAUAUCCUGGCCCUUUCCGAUCUCUCAAACGUCGUACUCGAUCUACGUGCUCUUUUCCCUCAUCUCUCGACCCUUCAACUCUCUCGGAUCCAUCACGCUGCUAUCCUUGCACCCCCACUCUCAGGAAGUACCUCAUAUGAAUUCAAGAACAUUUUCACUCUCAAUACCAACCGAAAUUUGCACUAUAAUCCCCUCUUUCCUGACCUGACGGUUUAUCUUGAAUGGAUCCAGGUUCGAACGUAUGAAUCGGAAGAUUUGGUAUUGUUACUCCAUAGCAGCACGGGUCCGGUGAUCGAGCGAUCGAAAAGGAUCGCCAUAGGACCGUAUCCGAACGACCUUUUCCCGCCGUCUUGUUCGACUGCAAUCGACCCGAAAUCGGCUUCUCAACACCAUCUACCAAAUGACUUCGAUUGUCCCGAAUCCUCUUCGACUGCCCCAUCUUCCAACUUCUCCAUCCUUUCCAACUCCCCUAUACCCCUUGAUCAGCUUUCCACUGUGUUUGAGCCGGGUGUUGAUCAGCUUACUCCCGUCGAUCUGUCGCUCUCUUCUUCUUCCUGUUUUGUCUUGCCUCAAUCUGCUCAAUCCCUGCUAAUGAACCUAUAG